GAAUCGCGUAUAGAUUUCGCUGGCCAAAUAUAAAUGUAUGCGAUAUUCGUGAAAGAGCAUUUGUAUAGCUGGCCCAUGCUGAAUAUUCCAACUUCAGUUCCAUUUCACUCUUGGGUCUGACAACGCAGCAAAAUUUCAUUGAGUGCUUCCCUCGAGACGUGGCUAAAUAAUUCCCUUCCUCUCUCCACGUUUUAAGUGCCCAACAAUAGUGAUGUUUUUAGUAAAUUUAGAAAGCCCUUUAACCUACCACGUGCUUUCUUUCGGAUCAUUUGGCGGGAAGAUGUUCUGAGAACAAAUUCCAGGAAGUGCGUUAGUUUUUUUUUUUGGUUGCCGAACUAACUUUUUGUUGCCUUGCUGUAUAAUGAUGGAUCAUUUAAAUCUGUGCUGAUCUGUGGGGUUAAUUUAAAUAAAGUGGACUCGAUGCUCAUACCAUUGAUGACUUGAAUUGCGUGAUUUUCAUGUUGUUGAUCUCUUAAAACAAAAAAAUAAUAAUCCUACAAAUUAUCAAAGUGCGCCAAACAUUGAUUCCUUCUGGUACUUCAAGAACCCCGUACAAUGGCUAAAAUAUCCGCCUCGGAAAGUACACUUCAGCCCCGAAUCAGUUACACAGAAGAUGCACCUGAAGACAGCACAAGCAACGAUGGGGUAAAAAUGAAGAAGGAACUGGGUCUGCUGGAUGGCGUGGCCAUCAUUGUGGGCGUCAUUAUUGGCGCUGGGAUUUUUGUAUCGCCCAAAGGUGUCCUCCUGUACAGUGGUUCCAUCGGUCAGGCCCUUAUUGUGUGGAUCCUUUCGGGCGUCCUCAGUAUGGUUGGUGCCCUAUGCUAUGCAGAACUAGGCACAAUGAUACCCAAAUCCGGAGGUGAUUAUGCUUACAUUGGUGUGGCAUUUGGUCCCCUGCCAGCAUUCCUGUACCUUUGGGUGGCUCUACUGAUUCUGGUGCCCACAGGAAAUGCAAUAACUGCCCUCACAUUUGCCCAAUAUCUCCUGCAACCCUUCUAUCCCAAUUGUGAUGCUUCCCUGGAUGCUGUGAGACUCCUGGCAGCUGUAAUUACAUGUCUUCUCACCACAAUCAAUUGCUACAAUGUGAAGUGGGUAGCUCGUGUCACGGACAUUUUUACAGGAAUGAAAAUUCUGGCACUGCUGGUGAUUGUGGCAGUGGGAAUAUGGUACCUCUUUGGUGGAAACACCCAAAAUUUAGAAAAUCCAAUGGCGGGAUCGAGUUCAUCGCCUGGAUACAUUGCCCUGGCCUUCUACAAUGGCCUCUUCUCCUACUCGGGCUGGAAUUAUCUCAAUUUUGUGACUGAAGAACUCAAGAAUCCCUACAGGAAUCUCCCACGAGCGAUAUGCAUCAGCAUGCCACUCGUUACUAUUAUUUAUGUCAUCACCAAUGUAGCUUAUUUUGCUGUUCUCUCAACGGAUGAGAUUCUGUCGUCAUUGGCUGUGGCUGUAACCUUUGCAGAUAAGAUGCUGGGCUAUGCAGCCUGGGUAAUGCCUCUGUUUGUUGCCUGUUCCACCUUUGGAUCCCUCAAUGGAGCCAUCUUUGCUUCCUCGCGGUUAUUCUUUGUUGGUGCUCGAAAUGGCCAUCUUCCAGCUGCAAUUUCUCUCAUUAACAUCAAUUACUUGACUCCUGUGCCUUCCCUCAUCUUUUUGUGCAUAAUCACACUCGUGCUUCUGUUCAUCGAUGAUGUUUACGCAUUGAUCAACUACGUCAGUUUUGUGGAGGCACUCUUCAUCCUCAUCUCCAUUUCUGGGCUUCUGUAUUUGCGCAAGACACAACCAGAUGCCAAAAGGCCAAUUAAGGUCAACCUCAUUCUACCGCUCACAUUCCUCCUCACAUGUGGCUUCCUCGUGAUUUCCUCGUGCUACGUGUCCCCCUUUGAGGUGGGCAUCGGAACAGCAAUUAUUCUGUCCGGAAUACCUGUAUACUAUGCCACAAUUCAUCAUCCAAUCGCAGGAUUGGAAGCAGCAUCGCAGAAAUUGAACAAUUUCUGCGCCAAACUCUUCGUCUGUAUGCCAAAUACAGAGAAAAUUGACUGAUAUUUGGGAUGAUCGGCUGAGCCAACCCUCACAGCUAAAUAUAAUGCUAUUACAAAUUAUAUUUGAAUAAAGAUAAAAAAAUGGCGGGAAAUUUUCAUUACAAAA